AAUAAUGCUCACGUGGAGCGACUUGGUAACUAAACUAAACAAUGUUUCACACGGGUUAUUGAUAUACUAAACGUAUAUUAACAUGCACUUUGUUAGCGGUUGGAGAAGAAGUGCCGCUGUCAUAACUGCUAUAAGAUCUCUUACAGUGAAGAGGCUCUUGUGUUCUGCCGGGUCGGAGGAUGACACUAUCUUCGCCGUGUCGUCGGGUCAGGGCAGGUGUGGGGUGGCGGUGGUCCGGAUCAGUGGUCCGGCAUCAGCACACGCUGUCCGGAGUCUGACCCGAGGUUUCCCCGCAGCUCGGGUCGCCAGCCUCCGCAGCAUCGCUCACCCGCAGACCAGAGAGUUGCUGGACCGCGGUCUGGUCCUGUGGUUUCCAGGUCCUGGUAGUUUCACGGGAGAGGACAGUGCAGAGUUUCACAUUCACGGGGGUCCUGCUGUCAUUAGUGGAGUCUUACAGGCGCUUGGGAGUUUGCCAGGGCUGCGGCCUGCAGAGGCGGGUGAGUUUACCCGACGGGCGUUCUUUGCUGGAAAGUUGGACCUUACUGAAGUAGAGGGUCUAGGUGACCUGAUCCAUGCAGAGACAGAAGCACAGAGGCGACAGGCUCUCCGACAAAUGGCGGGAGACCUGGGCCGCAUUUACCAAGACUGGAGAGUUCGGCUUAAACGAUGCCUGGCGCACGUGGAGGCAUUCAUCGACUUCAGUGACGAUGAACUCAUAGAGGACGGAAUCUUAAAUGACGUGGACACAGCUGUUCGGCAGCUGCAGACAGAUAUGGAAAAUCAUCUUUCAGAUCAGCGGAGAGGAGAGCGCCUGCGCAGCGGUGUUCAGGUGGUCAUCGCCGGAAGCACCAACGCGGGCAAGAGCAGCCUGCUCAACAUGCUCACUCAGCGUCCUGCUGCCAUAGUGUCUGCCACGGCCGGGACCACCAGAGAUGUGGUGGAGGUCCCUCUGGACAUCGGGGGCUAUCCUGUGCUGCUGAGUGACACAGCAGGGUUACGGGACACCACAGACAGCGUGGAGCAGGAGGGCGUCCGGCGCGCCCGUCAGCGGGUGGAGCAGGCAGAUCUGUCUCUGGUGGUCGUCGACUUGACGCAGCUUCCUUCUGAGCCCCAGCUAGUGCCUGUCUUCCUCAGUGGACACUUGAAGAACAUCCUGGAGCCCUCAUCUCACAGGCAGCAGUGCAUCCUGAUCCUCAACAAAAGUGACCUCGGCUCCGGGGAGGACAACCGCAGCAUCCAGGCUUCCCUCGAGCGGUCAGCUGAUGUUCCUGCUGCAUGUUUUUUGUCAUGCCACACCAGGGAUGGCCUGGAGGAUCUCCUGACUUUAUUACAAAACAGACUAAAGACUCUGUGUGGUGACCCACUGACCGGCAGCCCGACUCUGACUCAGACCCGACACCGGACUCUCCUGCAGAAGAGCGUCGAGGCUUUACAUCAGUAUCAUCAGUACAGGGACGUGGACCUGGUGCUGGCGGCAGAAGGGCUUCGUUUGGGCCUCUCCAGUCUGGGCAGGAUCACUGGUAGAGUCGGUCCGGAGGAGAUUUUAGACACCAUUUUCAAAGAAUUUUGUAUUGGGAAAUAGAAUAGAAUAAGUAGAAUAAAACAAUAGAAGUGUAAA